AUGGAUUCAAUAUAUUUUGAGAAGCAAGAGGGACAGUUAUGUGCCCAACAUGCAAUAAACAUGCUUCUUCAGGAUCACAUUUUUACAGCUGUUGAUCUUGGUAUGAUAGCACAAACUCUUGACACAAAAGAAAAGGAACAACUUUUAGAUAGUUCGAAUUAUGUUAGUCAACAUAUGGAUGAUACAGGAUAUUUUUCUCUUCAAGUUAUUGAAAUGGCUUUGAAAAAUGUUUCAAAUUUGAGAUUGAUAAAUUUUGAAUCACCAGAAGGAGCACAUAUCAAAGCUAAUCCAACACUUGCCAAUGCCUUUGUCCUCCAUCUUGAUCAACAUUGGUUUGCCAUCCGAAAAUUUGAUACAUAUUUAUCAUUAUUCCUUUCACAAAUGGUUCUAGAAAAUUACCAUAUUUUUAUAGUUGAAGGAAUUCUUCCUCAUUGUGAAGCAGAUGAUGUUGUACAAUUUUGUAGUUUCCCAAUAUCUAAUACAGAUAAUGUACCUUUCCAUGCAGAUUCCAAUAGUGAUAUAGAUAGUGACAAUGAACUACAGAAAGCAAUUGCAGCUUCAGAACAACAAUUUCAAAUGGAUUUACAGAAGAGAGAAGACGAAGAGUUGAAGAAAGCUCUUGAAGAAUCAAGAUUGGCUGUUAAUAAUACGGCAUUUAAAAAUAAUUUUGAUUCUUCUAAUGAUAAAAAAGAAGGAACUAGUUAG